AUGUCGUGGCAGCAGAGCAGCCGAGGGCUCCUGGGAACUGCAACUCGUGAUGCUGUUGCCGAGGAGAAAAGCCUCAUUAGCUAUUCCGCAGUUCCCCAGCCACCUGGUUCACCCGGUUCAUCCUCCCUUCCCGAAGCUAGCCCUCAAGGCAGGAGCAGCCGGCGCCUUCGGCAGAAGAGGAGAAGGAGGAGGAGAGGGAGGAGGAAUCGCGUCGGGCGGAGCUUCAGGUCCUGUUCUCCUCUCCGGCUUCUCCAUACAAAGAUUACGGUGCAGAAGGAAAUUGCACUCGCCUCCUCCGCCCCCCGGUACCCAGCACAAUGCACCAGCCGCCGGGCGCACCCGGCAGUGUUCCCUCGAAGGGGCAGCGGUGGUGGCAGCGCCUCUGCUCUCAAUGCAGCAGGUACCGGCGUCAGUAGUGCUGCUCCAUCUUCUGAGGAUUUUCCUCCUCCUUCGCUGCUCCAGCCGCCGCCUCCUGCUGCAUCUUCCUCGCAGGGACCACAGCCUCCGCCUCCACAAAGCCUGAACCUCCUCUCGCAGGCUCAGCUGCAGGGACAGCCUCUUGCGCCGGGCGGAACUCAGAUGAAAAAGAAAAGUGGCUUCCAGAUAACUAGCGUUACUCCGGCCCAGAUCUCUGCCAGCAUCAGCUCUAACAACAGCAUCGCAGAGGACACGGAGAGCUAUGACGAUCUGGAUGAGUCUCACACAGAAGACCUAUCUUCUUCCGAGAUCCUUGAUGUGUCACUUUCCAGGGCCACUGACUUGGGUGAGCCUGAACGCAGCUCCUCAGAAGAGACUCUGAAUAACUUCCAGGAAGCUGAGACACCCGGGGCAGUCUCUCCUAACCAGCCCCACCUUCCUCAGUCUCAUUUGCCUCACCUCCCACAACAAAACGUUGUGAUCAAUGGGAAUGCUCAUCCACACCACCUCCAUCACCACCAUCACAUUCAUCAUGGGCACCACCUUCACCAUGGACACCACCAUUCAUCCCAUGCUGCUGUGGCCAGUUCGUCCAUCCCUGGAGGGCCACCCUCGAGCCCAGUGUCCAGAAAACUCUGUACCACUGGAAGUUCUGAUGGUGGUGUGCCAGUUGCACCUACUUCUGCUGUAUCAUCGAGUGGCUUGCCCGCAUCUGUGAUGACUAACAUCCGGGCUCCAAGUACUACAGGCAGCAUAGGUAUAAAUUCGGUUACUGCUGGCACAAAUGCAACGAGUAAUGUUAACAUUGCUGCUGUGGGUAGUUUCAGUCCUAAUGUGACGAGCAGCGUGCAUGGCAAUGCUAAUAUAAGUACAAGCAAUAUUCCUAAUGCUGCUAGUGUAAGUGUUGGGCCUGGAGUUGCCAGUGCUGUUAAUGUGAAUGUCUUGAGUGGCAUGGGCAAUGGUACUGUGUCUUCCUCUCCUGUUGCUAACAGUGUCCUUAAUGCAGCUGCAGGUAUCACUGUGGGAGUGGUUUCAAGUCAGCAGCAGCAACAGCAACCGACAGUUAACACGUCAAGGUUCAGAGUUGUGAAGUUAGACUCUACCUCUGAGCCCUUUAAAAAAGGUAGAUGGACUUGCACUGAGUUCUAUGAAAAAGAAAAUGCCCUGCCGGCUACAGAAGGCUUGGCGAUUAAUAAAGUGGUGGAGACUGUGAAACAAACCCCCACGGAAGUGUCUUCGGAGAGGGAGAGCACCAGCGGGAGUUCAGUGAGCAGUAGUGUCAGCACACUGAGUCACUACACAGAGAGUGUGGGAAGCGGAGAGAUGGGAGCCCCUGCUGUGGUGGUGCAGCAGCAGCCGCAGCCACCACCACCACCACCACCAGGUCUUCAAGGUGUGGCCCUCCAGCAGAUAGAUUUCAGUAGCCCUGGUCCACAGAGUAUUGCAGCAGUUAGUAUACCACAGAGUAUUUCUCAGUCACAGAUGUCACAAGUACAAUUACAGCCUCAAGAGUUGAGCUUUCAGCAGAAGCCAGGUCUUCAGCCUGUACCUCUGCAAGCCACUAUGAGUGCAGCCGCCGGUAUCCAGCCUGCCUCCGUCAAUGUGGUUGGUGUAACGUCAGCUGUAGGUCAACAGCCUUCCAUUUCCAGUUUGGCUCAACCCCAACUGCCGUAUUCUCAGACAAGUCCUCCAGUGCAAACUCCUCUUCCAGGGGCACCACCCCAACAGUUACAGUAUGGGCAGCAGCAACCAGUGGUUUCUACACAGAUAGCUGCAGGCCAUGGCCAGUCAAUGACUCAAAAUCCUACUGCAGAGUAUGUACAGCAGCAGCCAAUUCUUCAGGUGGCGAUGUCCUCUGGACAGUCCAGUUCUGCAGGAGCAGCAGCAGGAACGUCAGGGAUUCCUGUGGCUCAGCCACAGGGGAUCCAACUGCCAGUGCAGCCCACAGCAGUACAAGCACAACCUGCAGGGGCAUCUGGGCAGCCCAUUGGCCAGGCUCAAACAGCAGUGUCUGCUGUACCAGCUGGCAGUCAAAUUGCAAAUAUUGGUCAACAAGCAAACAUGCCUACUGCAGUCCAGCAGCCAUCUACCCAAGUUACACCUUCAGUUAUCCAGCAAGGUGCUCCUCCAUCUUCACAAGUAGUUCUACCUGCUGCAGCUGGCAUUAUUCAUCAGGGAGUUCAAACUAGUGCUUCAAGCCUUCCUCAACAACUGGUUAUCGCACCCCAGAGUACCUUGUUAACUGUGCCUCCCCAGCCGCAGGGAGUAGAAACAGUGGUUCAAGGAGUUGUUUCCCAGCAGUUGCCCGCAGGUAGUCCUUUGCCCUCUGCUAGUAGUGUUUCUGUUACAAAUCAGGUUAGUUCAGCUGGUCCUGCUGGAAUGCCUUCUGCCCCACCAAACUUAGUUCCACCACAGAAUAUAGCACAACCCCCGGCUACCCAAAAUGGCAGUUUGGUUCAGAGUGUUAGUCAAUCUCCCUUGAUAGCCACUAACAUAAAUUUGCCUUUGGCACAGCAGAUACCACUAAGUUCUACUCAGUUCUCUACACAAUCAUUAGCUCAGGCAAUUGGAAGCCAAAUCGAAGAUCCCAGGCGCCCAGCGGAGCCCUCCUUAGUCGGCUUACCUCAGACUAUCAGUGGUGACGGUGGGGGAAUGUCAGCAGUUUCAGAUGGGAGUAGCAGCAGCCUAGCAGCCUCUGCUUCUCUCUUCCCGUUGAAGGUGCUACCGCUGACAACACCCCUGGUGGAUGGCGAGGACGAGAGCUCUAUUUCAGUGCUUCUCUCCUACCAGAGGUGCAAGGAGUGAUCCUAGAGCCACAGAUACAAGACCACGGAGAGCUUUUGACGCCAGGGUCCACUUUCUCCACUGAACCCUUGGAGACAGAAUACCCAGCUUCUGGAGAGAGUGGGAGAGGAUAAUAACAAGUGGGUGCUUUCCAUUAUUUACUUGGGUUUAUUUGUAGAGUGGAGUGUCCUUCUGUUGCCCAUUUGAUUCAGUUGGUAAUCUCCUUGGCUUCUUACAAGAACCAGGUGGGACUGCAAUCUCUAUUUUUUCUGAGAGUACUAUGUAGUGCCCAUUCGAAAAACAACUAAAAUUUAUUGAAUUUUCUCUCCAGAUAUUUAAAGCAGUGUCUAAUCUGGGGCACGCACACAUAAUUUGGUCCAUGCCUGUGUAGCUCACAGAAAUUUAACAAAGGCAGUAAUUCCCCACUUCGGCCUUUAUUAUAACAGUGGGCUGGAUAGAGUUCUUUUAGAGUCCAGAAAUUGAAGUUCCUGUGCUUCCUCCUUGGGUGAGCUGGACAUCUGAGAUCUCUUAAUUUAUAUAGUUGAAUGUCCGGUUGUCACCCUGCCCUGUUAGUGAGGACUCUUUGGUCUUUUCCUACUUUAAUGUUAGGCCUUCACACUCAAGUCUCUUAGGAGAUGGAAUGAUAGUACUGUUGUGGCUUUACUGUCAAAUGUAGGCUUCAUCCUUUUAUAAAAUAAAUAUGUAUGAGUAUAAAUUUCAGGAUUUAAUGUCCCUGAAAAUUAUAUUUAAUAUACUCAAAAGUAGUUUUCUGGUCCCUAGGAAUGACUAGAUUUUUCCUAGGGCAUUAAGAUGGUUCUUUCUUAGUUUCUUUGAUGCCAAGGGUAGGGUGUGAGUCCAGGCAAUUCUUACCAUCUACAGUGGGUAGAAUGUGAAGUUGGUGCUUUGGCAAGUUUUCAUUGUUUCCUUGGUGGCUUCCUUCUGUGACUCCAGGUAUCUUGAUAAUGGGAGACCGGUUUAUUUGUUCUCUAAUUGCCCAGAUUUCUUUCAACUGGUAAAACAUCAUACCUCUUCAGCAAAAGGAAUUCUUCUAGCAGAGCCCUCAUGGAUGAUAUCUGUCACACAUGCCAGCACCUGCAGUUUGGAAGGCAGUGGUGAAUGGAUCCAUGCAAUAUGUCUAGAAGACACAAGGAUGAGCCAGCCACCUGAUCUUGUUUCUUACAAACGUUUUAAGAUUUACUCUGGUUUAUUUUUGGUCUGAAAUGGAAAGGCUCAAAUAAUGAAGUAAUCUUUUCAUAUUGGAGUUUUAUAUGGCCUUGAAAAUACUUCUUAUUCUGAAGACUGAAAUAGGGGAUGCUUGAGAGUCUUGUCUUUCAAAGCAGCUCUCUGUAUCUGUUCACUUAAAAGAUUUGUGGGUCUGAAAACCAUUUUAAUCAAGUAGGUACCCCCCACUUUAAAAAGUAGCAUAAAAAACAUACAGGAAGCUUGAUGAACCCCCCUCUGCCCACUCUUUCUUUUGUUGCCCUGUGCUAAAGGGCACUAGCAAAUAAAGGAUGAACUCAACUCUUCAAGAGUCCAUUAGUGUUAGAAUGUACUCUUAGCUCAUCUCUUGCUGGUCCUGAUCCUUAUUCUUACUGUAAUUUAUCAAAUCUACAAAGUUGUAGAGCUAUCUUGGAGACCAGCAGAGUCCUGUCUGUGUUCCUAAGUAGUAAAUGCCUGUUAGGGUUUCCUCUGCACUAGGCACUACUUGAAUGAUACGGAGCAGUUGGUAUGGAACAGUGAUAAUCCAAAGAGUCACUGAACUUGCAGGUGUGACUGAAAUGUAGUUAUCCAAAUCACUGCUUGACAGGAGCUAUCAAAACGUCUGUUUCCUUGGUUAUCUAGUAACUCUCUAGAAACCAGGCAAAGCUGUUAAGGAAAACUAAGUCACCUGAUGCUGCCAAUUCCUUUUAAUUUGGAGUAAGUUUUAAGAAGAGAAAUUGUACAACAAUAACAACUAAAAUGUUAGGCUCUCAAAGUAUAAAAGCCACAUUUGCUAAAAUAUAAUCUGUUUUUAGAAAAUAAGAACUGUAUUUUCUUAGGAAUUAUAAAUAAUUUUUUCUAAAGUACAAUGCUUAAAAGUAAUUCUUAAAGAUAAUUUUGAACAGAAAAUUUCCCCACAGAACUCUGAAAUCCCAUGAAUAAUUACAGUUUUAUAUUCCUGACUUAAUAAGAUACUUCAUAAAUACAUAUAAACAAAAACCAAAUUCCCUAACAUUUUAGUAAGAACUCAGAGAACUGAAAGUGAGAUUUGCCUAGAAAUUUAGCUUCAUUUUUUAAACCAUUGUAGAAACCAUUUUAUGGCCUGAGGUCACUAGCCUUUUGUCUCAGCACUGAAGACAGAAAGUGAUUUAAGCUUGGAAUCUCAAGCUUUAAUUAAUUUCAGCUCUGUACUUAAAGUAUGCAAAAGAAAUGCCAGUGCAUUUCAUUACCUCAUGCACUGCAAGCUAUUUCAAAGUGGAACUUUUUGUGUAUUGCUGUAUACUGAUUUGUUUGAACUUUUAAUUUUGAUGCAUUUUCCUUUCAGAUUUUUAAAGAACAAUUUCGUGUCACAAUAUGCAAUCCUAUAUUAUUUCGUGUUUAUUUUAUGAAUAUUAAUAUAAGUUAUUUUCUAGAAUGAUUAACUGUGUAAUAUUUGUAUUAUGUGAUCAUUUGAAAACUAAUAAAUAUUUUCUCCGUGGAAAAAUGCA